GCGUUGCUAGGUAACCAUCAUGGCGGACAAGAUGAUAAAAUCGUAUUUGUCAGAAUAAACCUUUUAAAAUCUAUUCGUGGUUGAAAAAAAAUCAUGAAAAUUACUGCAAUCUGUCAUAAAUGUUACUGCUUAUAAACAGCAGCUAUUGAUUGUCAUUUAAAGUCGUUAUUAUGACGACAACAUUGCCUGUAAUUCGUGUUGUAUGUAAUGAUGAAAUUGACGGUGAACAGUUGUUGGUACAAUCCAGAGAAAAUACAGAUGAGUUGAUAAAAAAAUCGAAAAAAAUUAGUGGCUUAGUAAAUGAACAGGUGGAGAAUGUUAGGGAAAGUCAAGUGAAACUGCAAAAUCUUUUUGAUGAAAUAAACUUGGCAGACGAAGAGCUCGAUCUGCAAACGGUAGACUCCGUAAAGAACAUUGUAGAAAAAAGCGAAGAUUUGAUUGUUUUUGUGCAGAUCAUAUUAAAAGUUCGUAAUGAACUGGUUUUUGCUCGUUUGGAUGUUGAAAAAGCAAAAAAAUUUAAAAGGAAAGUACGGUGUUAUUUCUUAAUAGAGGAUCUUGAAAUUAUUAAACCGUUUCGAAAUUUUAAGAAACGAUAGCAUUUGUGUGUUUUUCAGUCAACAAAUGUAGAGAAGGCAAAAAAAAGACUUAGAUGGCUAGAAAAUCGUUUAGAGAAGUUACUUGUCGACUGCGAUAAAAAAGCAAGAAAUCUUAUCAAAUGCAAUUCCUGCAAUGAUCUUAAAGAGACACUUUCGCACACUUACAUCGCUACAUGCGACGAAGAACAAGUCUCAUCGCCAAGAUAUGAAAGAAUGCUUUCUAACGUCGGGAGUUAUUAUAAAAUAUCGCAUAGCAAGCUGCAGAAAACUUACGCUGUCACUAAAACAGUUCUUGACGACAGCCAGAAAUUGUUGCAUUAUGACGCAAUGAAACUUUCUUGUGAUGAUAUCAAACAAAAUAACAGUGAAAUUGCUGCUAACAUUCUUGAACAAAGCGAUGAUACUUUUAAAGAUUCAUUAGAAAAACAAACUUUGCUUCCCGUCAUCGUGAAGACAUCACCAUCGGAUGAUAAACGUGUUGAUUUAGAAAAUGAUGAAACUGACAGUAAUUGCCGCUUACAAAAUGAUAUAUUUAAAAAGACACAGAAACGAAAAAAAAACCAUUAUUUACACCUGAAAUCCUGUGGAAAGAAAAGUUAGAAAACGUUAGAACUGUCAACGAUAUACAUAAUCUUACUUUAAAAAAACUUUACACGAAACUUCACAAUAUUUAUGAUGUUAUUGAGCGAGUUACAAAAGCUUCAAUCAAUGCUGAAAAGAAAGAUGAAAAAGUGAAAAUAAAAACGAGAAAUACUGCCAGUAUGUAGAAAAAUAUGUAAAUUCUUCAAAAGAAUCCUUCAUGAUGAUUUUUUCAAUUCAAGGUGUCAACAGCACCACGAAGGUCACCAGCAAAAUUUCGGGAAGCGAUUCAUGUCAAGAUUCAAUGUUCGGUAAUGAUACCACACCUGAAGUUUCAGACAAACUCUCAUUAAAAAUCAAUGAAAUUAUUCCAUUUGAAAGAAAUAACGACCAGAAAUCGACGAAGAAAACAAUAUUUCCACGAAGCUCAAGUGUGUGGUGUCUCAGUAGGUGCUCAGCAGGCGGUCAAGUGGUGAAAAAAAUCAAAACCAAACCGCCAGUUACUUUAAAUAGAACACAACUCAUUCUCGCCAAGAAAAACAUGGAAAAUAAUGAGGCUACUGCAAAACAAUUGGCAAUACAAGAAGCGAUGUUAUGGCGGCCUUCUAUUGUAUAUAAGAUGAUCCGAACAACGAAAGUUCUAAAGAUCUUAGAAACCCAACAACAGCAAUGGAAUACGACGCGGCAAUCUGAUGAGAAAUGGGACAGGGUUAAAUGGCUGAUUGGAUCAAAUGGUAUUUUUCAAAGAACAAAGGAACAAUCGUUGCGUCUUUGAAGUCACUCAGUUUCUUAAGAUGUCCAGAAGAAGAAAUUGGAAAAACCCUUGGGAAAUUUAUUGAAACAACUGACGAUCCGAGAAUUUUAUAUGAAGCAGGACGAGCUUUGAUUUUAACAGGUAAUUGGCAUCCAUCGGCCAUCACCAUAAUUUACAAUGUGUUGAAGAACGGAAGUAAAAGACUAAAGGAGGAAAUAUUAAAUGAUUUAUUUACGGUGGAAAACAUCCCCUUUUUUGAAAAGAGCGAGGAGCUACCGUAUCAAAAUAUUCUUAUGAUCCUUGAGAAGUUAGUUGAAGACGAAGAUGAAGACGAAAAUCUUGCAUUUCUAAGUUCGUUAUGUCUUGGUAAACUAUUUGUCCUUCAUCCUCUCGCGAAAAAUCAUUUAAUAAAAGUGAUCAAGAAAAAUACACUCAAUCCAGCUCAAAAAACCCAGGUUUUUGAUCUGUUAGUUCGUCAGAUGAAUUGUAAAGAUAUUAGCAUUGUCGAAUCUUUAUUUCAUGAGCUAAACACAUCCAUUGACUGGAAGGUUCGUGUCCAGGCUUGCGACCUUCUAAUGUUUAUCGGUAACCGUCACGUACUUGUUAAAGACGCGAAUGAAAUUUUCGAGGUACUUCAGAGGUUACUGUGGGAUCAUCCAUAUCAAGAAGUGAGAUCAAAAGUCGCUGAAUUACUUACUACGUUAGAAAUGAGAAAAAGGGGAUGUAGCCUCGUUCUAAGACGUCUUGAAGACAGUAGAGAAACAGUACGUGCUAGAGCCGUCAUUUCUAUGGCAACGUUAGAAAUGAAGGGAGAAAAGGAGCUUAAAGCCCUUUUGGAUAUCUUGGUUUUAGACUCCAGUGUGUACACGAAAAUACAGGUUGUGCGUCUAUUCAGUCAUAUGAACUGGAAUGAUGUGAGAAUUUUGAGAAGUUUGAAAGAACGAGAAAGAGGAGAAGGAAUCUUAGCAAAAGAAGCGAAGAAGGCAUUGGAGAAUUUAACAUGACGUAACUCAAGUUCGAAGUUCGAGAUAAAAUUCGCCAUAAUUUCACUUCAUUUUUUUCCCAGCUGGCAGAUAUUCGUCCAUGUUCAUUUUUUUGUGGGAUAUUCUCCAUUGUAGAGUUCACAUUUAAAAAAAUCAGUGAAUUUCAUUGUAAAUUAGUAUAAAAUAAUACAACAACAACAAUAAUCAUACUCACUGACAACGUGACUUUUACAAUAAAUAAAAUAAAAUGAAUGUUA